AUGGACGUUGAUAUGUUUCUGCUCUUCGAGACCGUGACGGCCGGCAUCUUCGGCGUCGUGCUCGUCACAAUCAUCGGGAUGAGCAUCUUAACCUGCGUGCAGCGCGGGCAGCGGAUCAAGGGGCGAAGACAGCAGUGCAAGGACCUAGUAGCCAGUACGAGAGAGCAGCAGCAGCAUCUCCAGUGGCUCACUGGGGUCAACAACGUCAGUGAUAAUCCGGAUCUCUUCGACGAUGGUACCUCCAACAGCUCCUGGUCUUCCCGCUAA